AAAGCUCACAUUACAGAGGCCUCGCCUGUACAUCCAGAUCCCACGAUCACAGCUCACAUCGGAGCCAGGAUCUGCCAGCAUCACCAUCUUCUUUCUUGACAAAACUCAAAAUGUCUAAGCAGCAGGCUCAGUUCACAAACCCUGAGACUCCAGGGUAUGUUGGAUUUGCAAAUCUCCCGAAUCAGGUUCAUCGCAAGUCUGUAAGAAAGGGAUUUGAGUUUACACUUAUGGUUGUAGGUGAAUCUGGUCUGGGGAAAUCAACACUUAUUAACAGCCUCUUCCUAACGGACUUAUAUCCUGAGCGUGUGGUACCCGGCGCAGCAGAUAAGAUUGAGCGUACAGUGGAGAUUGAAGCAUCCACAGUGGAGAUAGAGGAGAGAGGGGUAAAGCUUCGUCUUACAGUGGUUGACACUCCUGGGUAUGGCGAUGCAAUGAAUUGUGAAGAUUGUUUCAGGCCCAUUAUUUGCUAUGUGGAUGACCAGUUUGAGCGAUAUCUUCAUGACGAGAGCGGUUUAAAUCGGCGGCACAUUGUGGAUAACCGUGUGCACUGCUGCUUUUACUUCAUUUCCCCCUUCGGUCAUGGUUUGAAGCCUCUUGAUGUGGAGUUUAUGAAGGCUUUGCACAACAGAGUGAACAUUGUUCCUGUCAUUGCCAAGGCUGAUACAUUGACUCUGAAGGAACGGGAAAGACUGAAGAGAAGAAUUCUAGAUGAGAUUGAGGAACGUGGAAUUAAGAUUUAUCAGCUUCCAGAUGCAGAGUCUGAUGAAGAUGAAGAUUUCAAGGAGCAGACGAGGCUCUUAAAGGCUAGUAUCCCCUUCUCUGUUGUUGGAUCUAACCAGCUUAUUGAGGCUAAAGGCAAAAAGGUCAGAGGUCGUCUGUAUCCUUGGGGUGUGGUGGAAGUGGAAAACCCAGAGCACAAUGACUUCCUUAAGCUAAGGACAAUGCUGAUCACACACAUGCAGGAUCUGCAAGAGGUUACUCAGGAUCUGCAUUAUGAAAACUUUCGCUCUGAGCGCCUCAAAAAAGGUGGUGGUGGCAGUGUGGAGAACGUGGAGGUGUCUAAGGACCAGAUACUGCUGGAAAAAGAAGCUGAGCUUCGUCGUAUGCAGGAAAUGAUUGCUAGAAUGCAAGCUCAGAUGCAGAUUCAGAGACAAGAAGGGGAUGCACAUAUGUAAUGGCCUGGAUGGACGGUUCAGAACAGCAGCUGCAGUCUGUCAGAGAUCUGUCUCCUGUGGCCUGUUGUAAUGUUAAAAUGCUGACAUUUUAUAUUUGCUGGCUUCACAAAGCUGGAGCUGUCAGAGGCAUAGUUUUAUGCCAUGUACACGCUGUAUAGAAGCACACUUUUUUUUUCUUAUGUAAAUCUCCUUAAAAAUGAUGUUCUUUUACACCAUAGUAUACUUCCUGUUACACAAUGUGCACACAGAUUGUCACAGAAACAUAAACAUGGAAAUGCAUGU